AAACGAAAUUUAACAACAUGAGGCAGCUAUGGCGCUCCAUAUAGCAAAAUAAAUGCACCAGAAUUCUGUCAGAAUCAGCGACUAUAUCAUAUCAGUCUCAAAUCAAACUUGAGCUGGAUUCCAAUAUCAAUAAAUGUUUACAUACAAUUUUCUGAGAUUGUGACAGAGGCUUGAAAAGUGUUAUAUCUGCUCGAGACAGAUUUGCGGUAACUUUUUAUAACGUCAUAAGUUUAACACGGGCAAUUUAUAAAUUUGAGUGCAACGGAAUGAAUUAUGGGAAAUAUUGGAUUUUUUAUGGAGGUAUUUUAGUUAAAGUCACAAUUGGAAAGAGACUCUUGCUAAGCGAUAAGACGUGCUGCAACAUCAUUUGGAUUUACACUUGUUCUUUAUUCUAAUCGCUCUUUGAAAAAUUGAUAAAGCUUUUACUGGAUUUUUAUUUUUUAAACUAUUAGAUUACGUUUUAAUUGCCUUUUGAAUUAAGGCUUAUAUUUUUUUUUAUCAAAUUUUGGAAAUUAUUUGAAAUUGAAUCCGGUCAUAAGAAAAAAAAAUAUGACAAAUUUAAGUAUGCCGGCACCGGAGUUCAAUGCAUCUGACGACGACUAUGAUUAUUUAUGGUUAAAUUACACAUACAAUUACGAUUACGACACUUCAAUAACUCCGUUACCUUUAGAUGAAUUUGUUCCUAUGGUUACGAUCUAUACCCUUAUAGGAUUGUUGGGCAUCAUCGGGAAUCUGUUAGUCAUUUUCUCCAUCAUAAAAGUUAAAAGAAUGAGGAGUAUUACAAACUUGUUUGUACUCAGUCUUGCUACUGCCGAUCUUCUUUUAGUGUGUGUCUGCGUUCCUGCAAAAAUAAUAGGGUCCUAUUCCUACACAUGGGCAUUGGGAUUCUUCAUGUGUAAAUUUGUGUACUAUAUUCGGGCUGUGUCAAUGAUUGAGUCAGCACUUACACUAACAGUGAUAAGCAUAGAAAGAUUCAUUGCUAUCCGGUAUCCACUAAAGGCACGUUCUAUGUGUACGAAACGACAUGCAAGAAUUGUGAUUAUUUCAACUUGGGUGACGUCAUUUGCUACCGCUGUUCCAACAAUCGUGGCUAUUCAAUAUCGAGAGAUUUUCGGCCCAAAUCACACUAAGCCGUCUGUUUGGUGCCACAAGUACUGGAAAGAAUCACCCACGUUUGGUAAAGCGUACGAGUUAUACAUGGUACUGCUGAUUCUAGUUAUACCGUUUUCUGUGAUGAUAAUUACAUACACUUGGAUUGCUAAUAUAGUGUGGCACAUGGCUACGCGCAGAGCUGAUAUGCGAUCUAGCAGUGGUGUGAAACCAGUUCUUACUCCGGCAGUGGAGACACAUAUAAAACCUCCUGUAGUGCCUAUAACUUCGCCAUUGUCGGUGGGACUAACAAGCAGGGCUUCUACAGAUGAUGAUAAAACUCGUAGACAGGUGGUUAUGAUGCUGAUGGUAGUUGUGGUAUUAUUUGCCGUCUGCUGGACUCCAAUACUUGUUAACAAUGUUCUGGUUGCCUUCCAACACCUUGAUUAUUUGCAUAUGGGAUAUUUGAAGCCCCUUCGAAUGGUGUUUCAUUUGCUGUCUUACGCAAACAGUUGUGUUAAUCCAUUCGUGUAUGCUUUCAUGUCUAAGAAUUUCAGAGACGGAUUCAAACAGUCUAUUCUGACAUGUAUAAAGUGCCAGGUCUAUCUUGGGCGAUCAGAUGCCAUAGCACGUUAAUUACGCGCGCAUCUAUAUCGAACGGUUGGUCUAUGACUAAUGGAAAUGAUGGUAAAACGUCAGGUCAAAGAUUUGAUUCUAGCCAAGUGAAUUCGAUGACACGGACAAUAGAUGUUUGUAAUUUCAUUGGCUGUUAUGUACAAUGACAUGUGUUCAAAAUCGUCUCAAUAGAAACUGUAGUGUUGAAAUAUUCAUGAAAACAGUAUCAUGAAAUUCAAUUCGAGCUAUAAUCGUCGUUGAAUGAAACUGUGUCAUGUGUAUUAUUAUACAAACGAAUAACCUUUAUACGUCUUAAGUUUUUAGCUCACCAGACCACAGAGUGGUCAAGGUGAGGUAUAGUGAUGGGGCUAUGUCCGGCGUUCGUCGUAGUGCGUCGUUUCUCGUCAACAAUUGGGUUGUAAACAGUCAAGCAGUCACAGUUUUGAUUGAUCAUUGUCAGAAUGUUUGUCUCAAUGAAAUACAGAUCGAGCUCGAAGAUGGGUCAUCCCCUGUCAAAAACUAGGUCACAGGAGCUAAAAAAAUAGAAAAAAGCUUGUUGAUACUAUAGUGGCUGCAGUUUUGAUCCAAAUAUUCUGGAAAUUUGUCCGGAAGGUUGUUUCAAUGAUUUCUAGGUCAAGUUCGAAAAUGGGUUAUCUUCGAUCAAAAACUAGGUCACAAGAGAUCUAAAAAUAGAAAAAGCUUGUUAACACUCUAGUGGCUGCAGUUUUGAUCCAAAUAUUCUUGAAAUUGGUCAGGAAGGUUAUUUUGAUGAUUUCUAGGUCAAGUUCGAAGAUGGGUCAUCUCAGAUCAAAAACUAUGUCACAGAAGCUAAAAAUAGAAAAAGCUUAUUAACACUCUACUUGCUGCAGUUUUGAUCCAAAUAUUCUUGAAAUUUGUCAGGAAGGUUGCUUUAAUGAUUUCUAGGUCAAGUUCCAAGAUGGGUCAUCUCCAGUCAAAAACAAGGUCACAGGAGCUAAAAAUAGAAAAAGCUUGUUAACACUAUAGUGACUGCAGUUUUGAUCCAAAUAUUCUGGAAAUUUGUCAGGAAGAUUGUUUUAAUGAUUUCUAGGUCAAGUUCGAAGAUGGGUUAUCUCCGGUCAAAAACUAGGUCACAUGAACUAAAAAUAGAAAAAAGCUUGUUAACACUCUACUGGCUGCAGUUUUGAUACAAAUAUUCUAGAAAUUUGUCAGGGAGGUUGUUUUGAUGAUUUCUAGAUCAAGUUCGAAGAUGGGUCACAUUCGGUUAAAAACUAGGUCACAGAAGCUAAAAAUAGAAAACGCUUGUUAACACUCCAAUGGCUGCAGUUUUGAUAAAAAUAUUCUGGAAAUUUGUCAGGAAGGUUGUUUGAAUGAUUUCUAGGUCAAGUUCGAAAAUGGGUCAUCUCGGGUCAAAAACUAGUUCACAGGAGCUAAAAAUAGAAAAAGCUUGUUAACACUCUACUGGCUGCAGUUUUGAUCCAGAUAUUCUGGAAAUUUGUCAGAAAGUUGUUUUGAUGAUUCCUAGGUCAAUUUCGAAGAUGGGUCAUCUCCGGUCAAAAACUAGGUCACAUGAACUAAAAAUAGAAAAAUGUUUGUUAACACUCUAGUGGCUGCAGUUUUGAUCCAAAUAUCCUGGAAAUUUGUCAGAAAGGUUGUUUUUAUAAUCUCUAGGUCAAGUUUGAAGAUGGGUUUUCUCCGGUCAAAAUCUUGGUCACAGGAGCAAAAAAUAGAAAAAGCUUGUAAACACUCUACUGGCUGCAGUUUUGAUCUAAAUAUUGUGGAAAUUUGUCAGGAAGGUUGUUUUGAUGAUUUCUAGGUCAAAUUCGAAGAUGGGUCAUCUCUGGUCAAAAACUAGGUCACAGAAGCUAAAAAAAGAAAAAUAUUUAUAACACUGUAGUGGCUCUAGUUUUGAUCCAAAUAUUUAGGAAAUUUGUCAGAAAGGUUGUUUUGAUGAUUUGUAGGUCAAGUUUGAAUAAAAAUUAGGUCGCAUUGCCCAAAUAUGGAAAACCUUUUUAACACACUAGAGGUCACAUUUUUUACUCAAUUGUCACCAAACUUGGCCAGGAUGCUUGUCUAAGACAUUGCUUGGAUGCGGUUGAUGGGUCAGGGGAGCGAUCCAGGGCCAUCAUGGCCCUCUUGUUAAAUGUUUGAUUUACAGUAAAGCUUAUUUCUAUGUAUCGAUUAAAUAAGUUAAAAUGUUUAUAUUUGGCAUUACCUCAUACAAGUGGUGCUAACUGUUGUAAAACAUAUAAAAGUGGAUUUCUAAAGUUAUAUUUUCGUUUUAACAAGGAUUAUAACCUACAGAACUGUAUUGAAAAUCGCUUUAUUUUUAUUUUGUUUUUGACAUGAACGAUAAUUUGUUCUCAGCUCGAGACUUGGGUUUCAGCCUUAACUAAUUAGAGAGAGGUAUUGUUGCAAAACAGUUAUAUAAUUUUUAAGAGCGUAAUUGGUUGCACAAAUUAUGCUUUUUUUCGAUACAAAAGUGUUUAAACAUAUAAAAAAUAAUUAAAUUGUAUAUCAAUCACAAUUAAAGUACUUUUUCACGUUUUUGUCUUAAAAUAUCUUUAAAAAUAUCAAGAUAAAAAUCUUAAUUUGUGCAUAUUUCUCUAAUUUGGUUUUCUAAAUUUACGUAAAAUAGUGUAUGAAAAGUUACUUUAUUCCUUUGACUGUAUUUGCCAUUCAAUAAAUACUAUGUGUUAUUUCAAAAAUGAAAAAAAAAAAAAAACAACAAAAUCUGUAGGUUUUUAAUUUUGUCAAAAUGGGUGGAGUAAAUUAAUCCUAUAAUUGUUAUACAUGUAGAAAUAUGAAAAAACAAGUUUUCUAUAAAUUCUUAUGCAAAUGUUCCCUCUUUGAAAAUACUCUAUAUUUGAUUAGGUUUUUUUUGUCUACCUUCUUUUCAAAAAUACCAAUAAAUGCACAUAGAAUCAUGUGUACACAUUCAAUUAUCAAAUUUGGUUGCAUGAUAUUUAUUGUUUCAAUAUCUUUUAAUUAAUAUUAUUAAACAAUUGUUGAUUGCAAAGAUAUAUAAGACGAAAAAAGUCAACGAAACGUGCUUUAAAUAGCAAACAUGUAUAUGAAUGUAAAAUAUAAAGUCCAUUUACGCAUUUUAUUGACUUUCACAAUUUCAUUUUAGAAAUAUAAAAUGGCUUUAAAGCCAACACAAUGAGAUACUGUUUGUGUAUGCAAUAUCUAUAUUGAAACAAUUUAUAAUAUGCAAACAAAUUUUAUAACUGAAAGUAUAUGCGUCUAUCGAUAUUUUAGCACACCCUCUAGACCUGAAGGAAGAAUACCUUAAACAAUUAAAAAAAAAAGAAAAAAACUUUUUGAACAUUGAAUAUGCAUAAGGUAUCAUAAAAGUUUAACAAAAAGCAAAAAAGGAAGAUUACUUACCUACGCAAUUUUCGUUAUCUUUUGAACAGUUAGCGGAUAAAUUAACCGCACCCAUUUUGACAAAAUAUAAACUCUACAGAUUUUAAAACCAUAAUGUUUAAAUAAAUAUUAAAGAUAGUAUAAAACAUAGAGUAACGUUUUGAAUUUUGUACAUAGACUAGAGAAAUAUGCAAAGAUUGGAACUUUUUCUUUGAUAAAUGUCUUUUUAACGUUAUUUUUUUGUACACAGAGAUUGACUAACAAAUUGAAUGUACGUGGUUAACCUAUAAUUUGAUUAAUUCCGAUGUAUUUAAACACUUGUAUAUCAAAUGAACAUAAUUUGUGCGACAAAUGAUAAUACUACUACAAGUACUACUACAAAAAUGUUUAAUUGUUUUGCACAAAAUCGGCGGCCAUAUUGGACGCCAUCAUGAAUUCUGAAGAGGUUAGAAUGUCUUAUUAUAUUUAUAACCAGAGAAAUAUUGUAAAUGGAAAUGUGAUUAUAACACUUAUCUUUGACUAAGAGUCAACUAAUAAUAUUUUCAUUUUUUAUAGAUUGGUGAAUACGUAUACAUUUUGCUAUUUAAUUAUCACAAUAAAGGAGUUACAGUUAUUACAUGUUCAUAUCUAUGUUAUAUUAUUCACUUAAAACCUGUAAUACAUGUACCUUAUGUACUGUAUUAUUAUUGUACAAUUUUCUUACAAGUAGAAAAUAUGUUUUGCAUGAAGUUAAUUGAUGCAGGGUUGUAAAAAGGUCUUUUUUGUUUCAGGGAAAUUUUUUUUUGUUAUUUUCAUUUGUAUU